AUGGAUAUAGCUACGAAAACCCAACGAGAAUGUGAAGAACGUGUUGCCGAAGAAUAUCUAUCCAGUCUAUCGGAUUUGAAUUGCAAUAGUAAACCGCUUAUAAACAUGCUUACCAUGUUGGCCGAAGAAAAUAUCGAAUAUGCUGGCGUUAUUGUUAAAGUCGUUGAACAACAUAUAGCAAAGGUUCCACCCGAAUUUAAAUUGCCCAUAUUGUAUUUAAUCGAUUCAAUUGUUAAAAAUGUCAAAGGCACCUAUGUGCAAUUAUUCAGCCAAUGUAUUGUCAGUCUAUUUUGUGGAGUUUUUGAAAAGGUCAAUGAAAAGAUCCGCGAAAGAAUGUAUGCCCUGAGGCAAACAUGGAAUGAGGUAUUUUCCGCUCAAAAACUCUAUGCCCUGGAUGUCAAAGUGAAACGCUUGGACAAUAAUUGGCCCAUUACCGCCAAACAGCCAUCGAUACAUGUGAAUCCCAAUUUUUUGAAAACGGCCAAUCAAGCCAUACCAACAGAAAUGGAACAAAUCCUUAAGGAUAAAACCCGCGAAUUAUUGGAAUUGAAAAAACGUAAACUUGAAUUGGAAUUGGAGGCCACGAAAAAACAUUUGGAGGAGCAAGAGAAACAAUUUUCCAAAACGGCCGAAGGUGUACUGCCACCGGUGGAUGCUGCUUUGGUUGUGGCCAAUGCCUUCAGUCAAUCGGUGGGCAUACGGCCAACAACCAGUGCUGCCAUGGCUGCAGCAGCUGCUGCUGCUCAAGUUAUACCAGGUGGUGUUAUGGCUCCAGGUGGUUUUAUGGCCACUCCUGGUGUGGCCAUUAAUCCGCUGAGACCACCCAUGUAUCAUCACAAUAUCAGAGGGUUUCCACCAAAUCUUCAUCAUCCUGGCAUGAUAAAUGAAAAUACACAACAGAAUAUACCACCCAUGGGAAAUAUGCCUCCUGGCGCCGCCUCGGCUGCCUCUGCAAAUAGUUCCAACAAACCCCGAGUUCAUCCCGUAAAUUCGGCAUUAAUAAGUUCCGUGCGUCAGCGUGAUCCACGUUUACUGCGCCAACAACAACAGCAGCAGCAACAACAACAACAACCGCCAUCAUCUACAGCUAGUCAAUCCUCAUCACACACUGACUCUUCGGAUAAACAAACUGGCCGCAAUGAACGCGGCGGCCACAAACCAAGUCGCAGUAAAUCACCCACAAGAUCCAGUUCCACAUCAUCAGCCACGGCCAGUGGUAGUGGUCGGUCAUCCUCAACACGUUCCAGCAGCAAAAGUUCCAGUCGUGACAAAGAAAGGGAACGUAAACGUUCCGAAUCAAAAGGUUCAUCUUCCGCGUCAUCAUCAUCAAAUACUGAACGUAAAAAGUCAUCAUAUUCCUCCUCCGGCUCCUAUGGCUCGUCGAAAUCCGACAGCAAAUCAUCGGCAAAAUGCGAUAAAGAUGCCUUUGAAAUUGCACCGCUAUCCAGUGCAUUCAAACGGAAAUCAUCAUCACCCAGUUCCUCACCCAGUAAAUCAACACGCGACUCAAAACGUUCAAAUAAAUCAUCAUCCCGGUCCGGGCGCAGUAAAACAAGUUCACGCAGCCCCUCUCCAGAAUCGUCAGCCGAAAGUUAUAAAGAUAAUCAUGGUUCGGGUGUGGGAUCACGUAGAAUGUCUACAACAUCUUCAUCAUCUUCGAUGUUGGCAUCAUCACCCGAAAAACAACGUCUACCCAAAAUUGCUGCUGAUAUUGAAACGACGAUGGACAGUGCCGCUGUAAAAACAAAGAAUGUAGACCCAGCUGCUGCAACUGCCGCUGCUUCAGCGUCUGCAUCAAAUACAGACAAAACAUUGCCUUCGUCGUUCUUAAGUUUGUCGACAACAGAACUAUCAUCAUCGGGUGGUACUACUUCGACAGAAAAACUACUCUCCGAUGAUCAUGAUUCCUCGUCCUCCUCUGCCUCCGCCUGCAAUGACACCAAGUCCAAGGACAACGGCCAGAAGCCUGCGAUGAUGAUGGUGGAUGGUGAUCAUGUAAGUAAAGAUCAUCAUCAUCAGCAGCAUGAUGAAGAUGCCAAGAAGCGUCCGCUGGCUCCCAUCAAGGAUGAAGAAGAACCCUUGGCUAAAAAGAGUAAACCCACGAAAAUUGAUAAUCUAUUUGGUUCGGAGGAUGUGGAUUUAAGGCAAUUAAUGCCAGCCAUUGCCGCAGGCUCCGAAGAAACGGCUCCACCUCCACCCUCGUUUAAUGUGGCCACGGCCAAUGAAACCAAUGAGAAUUGGGAUAAUGUCAAGACUGAUGUGGGUUCCAAACAAUCUUCCGGCGGCCUCAAGAAGUCCAGCCUGGAUGAUGUCAGGGCCAAAUUGGCCAAAACGGCCAAGUUAAAUAAAAUGCUUAAGCUGGCAGAUAAAUCCAAUCGUGACCACGAUCAACGCAACAAAUUGGCCGAAUUGCAAAUGAACGAAGACACCCAAGAGGCAAAUGAUGAAAAAAUCCGCACCAUGAUUGCCCAGGCCCAAGAGCUAUUGGAAUCGAAAUCCAUAAACCAGGAUCAAUAUAAGAAUCUGGUGAAAACGGUCAUGUCCAUUAAUGAGGAUAACAAACUGAAGGAGGCCAAGCGUCGUGAAUCGCUGAACACCUUUAAGGAUAAAAUCAACAAAAGCAAUGAAGAUGAUAUCAUGGAUUCGGAACGUAAUGCCGCCCGUGAUGCUGUGCUACGUAAACGUAUACCGAAAAUAACUAAAACUGCUACUGCCGCUAAUGAUUUAACCAAUUCCAACGAUUCGCCCCUGAGUGGUGGUGAAAGUAAUGCUGCCGAUGAACCACCACCACCAGCAAUUCGAGCUGGCGAUGUGGAAAAACACAACACCGAUUCGAAUGAGGAACAAAAUAUGCGUGGCGGAACCUCCUCCACUAAUAGAAGGGAAAAACGUGGCAAUAAAAUCUCCAAAUGGGGUGAUCGGGUCACAGAGCCACCAGCAAAUGUUAUGAUGCCAGGUGGCGGUCCACAACGUGGUCCUUGGAACAAUAUGAUGCCACAAAAUAAACGAGGUAAUGGUCCGCCCUCCGGUGGACCUGGUCCCAUGGGAUUCCGACCAAAUAUGCCACCCAAUAAUGCAAGACCUCCCUGGCCAAUGGGUGGCGGCGGUGGUAACAAUAUGCCUCCACACUUUAACAAAGGUGGUGGCAAUAACAACAUGGGCGGUCCCAUGGGUGGCCCCAUGCGUGGCGGCAUGCCACCAAUGGGCGGUGGUGUCCCACCCCCAGCCAUACCAUCCUCCAUGAUACCCAAACCCUGCAAUUCCAUUGACAAUCCCCAGGAAGACAUUGUGCGCACCAUCACCAUUGACGGUUGUGCCAAGGAGAUUCGUUUCUACGAUGACAUUGCCAUCGUUUUCAUGGAAGUUGAUCAGCCACGGGAAAUUGGUUUUCAAAAUGGCCAGCGCACCAUAUUCAUCGAUAAUCACGAACCCAUUACGCUGCAAUUUAAUCACGACUACAAACCGGUGACCAUCGAUGGUGAAACGUUUAAUUUACGCUUCGGCUCACCCUCUCGUGAGUUGUUCAUCGAUGAACAUUGGUAUGAAAUUUACUUCGGAGGUCCCCCCAUCACCGUGCCGAUACGCAAUAAAAUGCACAUGCUCAAGGCUGAGGGUCCACCACCCCAGGUUAACAUUGGCCCACUGCGCAGAGAUUUGGUUGUGGGUAAAAUCAAUAUGAUUGUGGAUGCCCAUAAUGUUAUACCCCUAUUCCUCGAUGCUCGAGUACAAACUUUCCGUUUGGGCGAGGUGGAACACACAGUGCAAUUUGCCGAUAAUCUAUUGACGGUACUACUUGAUGGUACUCCCACCCGUGUGGAAUAUGGUGGCCUACCCAAAAGUCUCUAUUUGGGUUCGAAUAAAUAUUUCAUACGUUUUGGAGCCCUGCCGCAGGGUGUGGUGGCUGGCAAAGUACAAAUCAAGGAUAUGAUUUAUGUGGAAACAAAGCCACCAGUUAGCAGUGAAAUGAUGGCCAUCAGCCACACAAUUCCACCACUGACCACAGAGGCCUCUCUGCAGUCCCAGCAAGCGGAGUUGCAGAAACCCACAGAGCCCACAGUGCCCAUUUUACCAGCUGCAGCCUUAAGUAAUCUCAACAUCGACGAAUUGUUCCAGAAAUUGGUAUCAACGGGUAUUUUGGGUGGUGCCACAGCAACCACAACAACACCAGCUGUUACAGAUCCCCUUACCACUUCCGCAACGGGCGUAAAUAAAACAUCCGCCGCCGCUACACAACAGGAUGUUGAAGAAGUUCCUUCAGCCAGCACCUCAACCUCGUCAUCGCAACAAACACCCCCCGUCGAAACAAUAAAACCCAUUGAUCUUAGCAAACCCGAAUCCAUUAAAACCCGACAAUCGGCCAUUGUCAACACCCUAUUCUCGGGCAUGCAAUGCAGCAGCUGUGGUGUACGCUUCCCACCCGAACAAACCAUCAAGUAUAGCCAACAUUUAGAUUGGCAUUUCCGACAAAAUCGUCGUGAACGUGAUUCAUCACGUAAGGCCCAUGCCCGUAAAUGGUAUUACGAACUCAACGAUUGGAUCCAGUAUGAAGAAAUUGAAGAUUUGGAUGAACGGGAAAAGAAUUUCUUUGAAACGCCACAAGCGGAUUUGGAAAUUAUGGAUGAAACAUCCAAUCAACGUUCCACAAAUUCCCCAAUACAAAGUUGCCCCGCUGGGCCGGAUGAUGUUGAUCGUGCCUGUGAUAUGUGCCAGGAAAAAUUUGAACAAUUCUAUAAUGAAGAAUUGGAAGAAUGGCAUUUACGGUGUGCCAUCCGGGUGGAGGAUAAAACCUAUCAUCCAUUGUGUUAUGAGGAUUAUAAGGCCUCAUUGAAUCCCCCCACACCACCUGCCAAGGAAAUGGAUACAAAUGACACAGAUAUUGCCGAGGAGCCUUCGUUAAUACAAAUCGAUGAUGAUAAUGCUGUCGAUAUUGUUAUUAAGGUCGAGGAAGAUGAUAGCAAAGAAAAACCUACCACAACGAAAUCAAAUCCUGAUGCUAACGCUGCUGCUAAUGACGAUGACGACGAUGAUGUAAUCGUUUUGCCCAAUGAAGAACCAUCGGUUACGGAAAUUGAUGAUGAUGACGACGACGAUGAUGAUGAAUAUGUGCCGGCUAAUGUAACCCGCGAACAAAUGGGCAAUAUACAUGGUGAAGAUGAUGAUGAUUUGAAUGAAACCACCGAAUCUGAUGUUGAAAUACAAGAACCGCAUAUACCCUUUACCGAUUUGGAUACAUACGAGGAAAAGGAACUACCUGAACCGGAUGAAUUUACGAGGGCGGCAUUUAUGAACAUUAAAAUCAAACAGGAACCAAAUGCCGAUGAAGAGGAUGAAGAUGAUGGUUUCGAGGAUGUGGGUACGGUGUUAAUUGCACCCGAGGAGAUUUCCAUACACAGUAGUGAAGAAACACAAACCCAAACCAUUGAAUCCUCUACCUCAGCCGCCAUGUCACCCGGCCAGCAGGAACGUCCCGCCUCAACCCCAGCCUCGGUUUUGAAUGAGGAAAUGAACGAAACAACCACAGAUCAUUUGCCGGCCACCGAUUUAAACAUUUCCAUGGAUGGUAAUAUGGAAACAGGCGAUGAACAUAACCUGUCCGCAGUUGGUUUAGCACCCGCAAUGCCCUUGGCUAGUUUAGUUAAUAAGAUCAAAAUAAAUAUUACCAAGAAUAAUGUAAAUCAUGCCAAUAGUUCUGGUGGUAGUGGUAGUAGCUCAGCAGCAAAUUCGAAAGCUCAUAAUUUGGGAGAACAAAUGGGUGGUAAUUUAGGUGCGGGUGGUGGGACGGCAUCAUCGUCCUGCUCCACCUCUGCCACAACAACAUCAUCCUCCGCCUCCUCCUCCUUUAAUCACAUACCAACCAUAUCAACGAUACCUGUUUUGUGUGGUGGCGGAACAACAAUUUGUAGUACCCAAAGCACAACAACAAGUGGUGGUGGGAAUAUGUUUGAAGAGCACACCUCCAAUCCAAUACCCUCGAUUGGUGGUGGUGCUGGUGGUGCCACUGAGAACAACAGUGUCAGCACAAUAUCCGUCAUUGGCAGUAUGUAUGGUAAUAAUGGCCCGACGGCUACCGUUAGUCGCACCAUACACCCGCCAGCAAAUGUUGUCCAACCCGCCAAACCUCCAGCCGCCACUGCACCAACACCUCCACCGGUUGAAGAAACCAUAACCUAUGAAUUGAAACCGGCCCUGCAAAAAGCCACUCUAAGGAAAAAGGAGAAGGUGAUUUGUGGCAAUGAAACCUCGGGACUGUGUUCCAUAAUGUAA